AUGGGCUGUCUCAACAAUGAGGCGAGGAUCGUGAUCCUGCUGAUCAUCGACAUCGUCUUUUUCUUCGUCGAGAUCAUCAGUGGAUAUGCGGUCGGCUCCCUGGCGCUCAUCGCGGACAGUUUCCACAUGCUGAACGAUAUCAUGUCGCUGAUUGUGGCGCUCUACGCCGUCCGCCUCGUCAACAAGGGCGGCCAGAGCCCCAGCUACUCAUAUGGCUGGCAGCGCGCCGAGAUUCUCGGUGCGUUGUUCAACGGUGUAUUUCUCCUGGCCCUGUGCUUCAGCAUCUUCAUGGAGGCCAUCGAGCGGUUCGUGACUCGUCCCAUGGUCUCCAAUCCGAGACUGGUCAUUAUCGUCGGCAGCCUCGGUCUCCUAUCCAACUUUGUGGGGCUGUUUCUCUUCCAUGGCCACUCGCACGGCCAAGGUCACGCCCACGCCCACGAUGUCGAGGCGGGUCACAGCCACGACCACUUGCACGAGCACACCGAACCGCACGAACACGAGCAUGACGACGACGCUGAGGACGACAAGAGCGUCGACGAAAUAUUCGGCCAUCCUGCACAGGCGCGCGCGUUUGUCAUGAACAAGGCCCACUCCCUCGGCUACGACAAGGCGCCCAAGCCCGCUGGCGAACAGCAGCACCUCCUUUCGUCCGACUCGCAGGCGGCCUCCUCGUCGUACGGUGCGGCGCCGUCCUCAUCGCACGCACAUUCCAAGCGCCGCCGCAUGUCCCACGCCGAGGUCGAGACAGAGGAGCAGGUGCGCCGUCACCGCCUGUCCAUGGGCCCGUCCGGUCAUUCGCACGGCAACAUGAACAUGACUGGUGUCUUUCUGCACGUUUUAGGCGAUGCGAUCGGCAACUUUGGCGUCAUCUGCACCGGCGCGAUCAUCCUCUUCACCACCUUCUCGUGGCGCUACUACGCGGACCCACUCAUCUCCUUCAUUAUUGCUUGUAUCAUCUUCCACUCAGCCUUGCCUCUCGUCAAGUCAGCUUCCUUCAUCUUGCUUCAGGGCGUGCCCACGACGGUGUCACUCGACGGCGUCCGCGAGGCCGUGCUGCGCGUAGACGGCGUGCUCGGCGUGCACGAGCUGCACGUUUGGCAGCUCAACGAAAACAAGAUCGUCGCGAGUCUGCAUGUCCUUGUGGACUGCUCCGCCGAACAGUCGACCAAGUACAUGCACAUUGCCGAUCAGGUGCGCCGCUCCCUGCACAUCUGGGGCAUCCACUCGUCGACCAUCCAGCCCGAAUUUGUGCCAGGCGGCCUCAAAGAGGUGGCACGCCUGAACGGCAUUGCCAUCCAGGACGGCAGUGAGGAGGGCGGUCAUCUGCUCACGCCCGAGGGCCAUCUCGUCAAGGAGGAAGUGGCAGACAGCAAGGCUGCCUGCCUCUUGGCCUGCGACAUGAACGAGUGCGGCGACGCAACCUGCUGCCCGACGCCGUCGCUCCCCAAGUCGCGAACGUAG